AGUCAGGUGACCAGAAUCAGAUGAUUCUCUGCAGACGGAACAUGGCGGACCUCUCAAAACACUGAGCUGAUGAAGGGACGAAGGACAGCCGAAAGCUGCCCUUGAAGUCUCUCACUGCUGGAUUGGUGAGAUUUUGAGGGGAAGGAGAACAUUACAGAGGAUAUUUGAUCACAGGACAUAUAUAAGCAUGUCUAAUUUUAUGGAGAAUGGCCCCAGCAAUCAUAAUGGAGAAGCUGAGCAGGUGUGGGAGAGACCCUGGACACUGGAAGAGAUGCAGAAAUCCAGCACAAACUGGUCACUGGCAGCAGAUUCAGGGUUAUUUCUUUUCCUGCAAGACUUCUCUCAAAGGAUGUUGUCCAAGACACAUGAGAUUGAGAAACAGUUGGACGGUCUUAUCCGGGACACUAAAGCCACAGACAGUCGCCUACACACAGUGUUUAACGACUUUCUCAUGCUGUCCAAUACACAGUUCAUUGAAAACAGGGUUUAUGAUGAAGAGGUGGAAGACCCUGCACCAAAGCCAGAAGCCAUGGAGAAACAGCCUGAACAGGAGAAGACAAGGGAACAGAAGGAAGCAGAACUUAUUCCCAAAGUCCAAGAGGCCGUCAACUAUGGUCUGAAGGUCCUGGAAUCUGCUUUUGAACAGCUGGACAUUAAAGCAGGAAACUCAGACUCUGAGGAUGAGGAGACUCUGGAAAAAGUAGAGCCCAUUUUGGAAGCAAAGGACCUGUAUGUGGACAGGCCUUUGCCGUACCUGAUUGGUUCCCAAGCAUUUAUGGAUGAGGAUGAUGUUGGCCUGGGCGAUCUAUCCAGUGAUGAAAUGUCUAUUGGGAGCGACAGAGACAGCGUCAUUGAGAGUGAUGUUGAAGAAGGCGACGAGCAGUCGGAUGAAUACUCUGACCAGGAUGAGGAAGUCCAUGACAACUUUAAGAAAAAGCCGUCUGUUGCUUGUUAUGAUGAUGCUGAUGAAGAGAAUGAAGAUGAAGAUUCUGACAUAUUUGGAGGGUCUGAUAAGGAUGAAGAUGAGCUCAGAAAGGACACUGGUCUGCCAUCCUUUGCUGAUGAACUAGCAGCCAGAAUCAAGGGAGAGACUCCAAAUAAGCCAGAAGCAGAUCGCACAUCAUUGUCAUCAGGCCCAUCCAUCUCCCAGAAGAAGAGUAAAACAAAGAAAGAGCCAAAACCUCAGGUGGAGGAUGAUCAGGAUGAGAUGUUCAAACCACCGAAAAUGGAAGAUGAGGAAUAUUCUGCAUUCGAUGGAAAGGGUGGACUUUUUAGUGGAGGCAAAGGCCUGUUUGAUGAUGAUGAGGGAGAUCUGUUUUCUGAUGCACCCAAAACCGAGCCGAUGGAAAAGGAAAAGACUGUAAUCCAGACAACAGAGCCUCUUAAAACUAAGAAAAUACCCACUGGUGCUGUCUCCAUCUUUCCUGGAAACAAACUUUUUGGCUUACCAAAUGAUUCAGACUCACUAGAGAGCAAAAACAGCAAGAGUCCAGUGAAGCCCAAAGCGCAGGCAGCUCCAAAACGUGCCUCGGUGGGAGGUGGGCUGUUUGAUGAUGAAGACGAUGAUGAUGAUUUCUUCAGUGGGAAGGCACCUAACAAAUCCACCCCUGGACAAGAGAAUAAAAUGCCAACGAAGACUGUAGACCUGUUUGGAGAAGCGGAUGAGGAGGAGGAUGAGUAUGAUGAAGGCGGAGCUAUGUUUAGUGGGAAAGCCAGUGCAGCUCUUUCCCAUCAGGACAAAAGAGCCGAGGGAGAGGAGGAGACACGUCCUCCAGAGAAAAAGCCUCCUGUUGGUGCCAUUUCAAUGUUUGGGCCCGGCACUAAAAAUAUAUUGGAGGGUCUGAAGAAACGCCGGCUUUCCACCAGUGAAGAGUCUGCCAAGUCUGAAGAGAGUGGACCUCCGCCUGAAGCAGUCAAAUCUUCACCUGCUCUGGGAGCAUCAGAGAAAACGCAUAGCAAGAGUCUGUUCUCAGAUGAUGAAGACUCACAAGUACGACACUGUUCUAUAGUCAAGAUACAGAGAGCCUAUUCUCAGUUUUCCAGUCUAUUUAAAUUAGUACUGGGCCAUUUAUUUAAUAUUCAACUGUUUGAGGAUGAAGAUGAUGAUGAGGACAAAGAACCUCUUUUUGGCUUCAAAACACCUGCAAAUAAAACUCCUUCUGAAGCGAAGGUUUCUGGUGCUCCCUCUCAGUUUGAAUCUACGGAGGAGGAGAAUGUGCCUAAUGUAGCAAAAGACAAGAUAGCAGAGGAGAAGAAGUCUGUGGAGAAGAAGCCUGUGGAAUCCACUCCAUCCUCUGACAACAGCACUGAGGUUAAGAAGAAGCCAGUAGGAGCAGUGAGCCUUUUUGGUGGGAUCGAUGUAUUAAAAGACAGGCAAGACACAAGUAAAAAACAGACUCAAAUUCAAGAAGAGAUUGCUGAUGGUGACGAACUGCAAAAGGAGGGCCCUCCACCCAUGGAGAGUAAGGGGACCAAGGCCAAGAAAACAGCACUGAGUCUUUUUGAUGAUGAUGACGACGACGAUGAUGAAGAUAUGAACAGUGAUGAAAUAAUUCCUGUGCCUAAAGCAUCCAAAUCUACAGAAAAUAAUGCACUAAAGGAUCAUGGGCCCCGAAUGAAGAGCACAGGUGUGUUCCAAGACGAGGAACUGCUUUUCAGUCACACUCAACAGAGGGACAACGAUCCUGAUGUAGACCUUUUUGCCACAUCUCCUAAACCAGCUGUGGCGUCUCAGAGCUCUGUAAAACCAGUUGUCCCCACGCUGUUCAGGGAUGAUGAUGACGAUGACCUCUUCAGUUCAACAAAGCCUAAAGCUCCUCCGAAAGUACUUGAGAAGCCCAGCAAGCCUAAAACAAAUGAAAUGGCCAAAUCAACACUGACUUCAAGCAAGGAUUCUACAAGCCCUCUAAAAUCUAAAAAAACCUCCUCAAGGAUUGGAGAUCUUCAAGCUAGCUUAGCUGUCAACCCUGCCAGCCUUCUGCCAGGCGCGGUGCCCCGGAUUCCAGGAGCUGUCAGUGUAAUGCCUGGCCUGGCACCUGCCUCUCUCCCUGCAGCUGCCAAGCCGCUGCCAGCUAGAGAUACGAUCCCUGAUCAUCGGCCCUCCAGUGAGGGAGGGGUGAGCUUUGACUCACCCGCUCAGGUCAGCAUGCUACAGAAUGCUAACAAGGGUCGGGCUAAAGGCGCAGUGCGACGGCGGCCACAGACAAGGGCAGCAAGACAUCUUGCAGCACAGGAAUCUGAGGAAGCUGUUGGGGAAAGCACCUCUAUACAAGCUGAUGAACCAGUUAUGGCUGCUUCUCUCCCUACCUUUAACCCCGUUUCAGUGCGACCCUCAGCACUCACUAUACCGGUCAGCACCCCUGCUCCUGAUGAAGCAGUCAGGCCAAAGAGAUUUCUCGACUCUGGAAAUGAUCUGUUUGAUUCAGAUGAUCUCUUUGCCACAAAGCCUGUUCCCUCCUCAAAACACAAAGCAAAAACCCCUGAGGAAGGCCGUAAGAAAGCCUCCAAGACAGAGGCCAUCAUAGCUUCGAAGAAAGACCAGGCCUCGUCUAUUUUUGACAGCCACGGGGAUGAUCUUUUCGCCACAGUGAAACAGAAGCCUGUCCAGAAAGCCAAACAAAUGUCCUUCCUAGAUGAUGAUGAUAUUUUUGGAGCAGGAAGUAGUAAAAGUGCAGAUAGUAAAAACUCCAAAUCACAGGCCAGCUCCGCAAAACCAGAUGUUUCCAAGGAUGAAGUGAAAGAACCUCCCAAGGCCCAGAAGAAGCCCAAGGAAGUGUCUUUGGAUGCAAGUUUGUUUGAUGAUGUUGAUAUUUUUGCUGAUUUGACUAGCACCACAAAGCCAAAGGAGAAGACCGCUAAGAAGAAAUUGGAGGCAAAAUCUAUAUUCGAUGAUGACAUGGAUGAUAUCUUUUCGACUGGGACUACGAAACCAACGGUGAAGCCGUCCUCUAAGUCGAAGAAGAACCAGCCGGCCCAGGAUCCCAUCUCAACUGUGGAAACGGGCAACAAUAUUUUCGAUGAUCCCCUGAACGCGUUUGGGGGAAACUGAGCCUCCUACAUAACAGCUAUAUGUUUAACUCUGUAGCGAUAUUCAUGGCCUAAAUGUAGGUAGAUGUAAUCUAACACUGUUUCUCAAUUAUUUAAACUCUUAAUAGGUAACUUUUACAAAAAAAUAUAGAAAAAAACAUGUAAUGCUAUCUGUGAAGUCAUCUGAUUGGUAAAUGAUGUAGCGGUCAUCAAAUGACAUUGACAUUUGUAAUGUUUAUGUGUCUUUUAUUAGCACUUUAAACAUGGGAUUGUCUGGUGUUGUGCAAAAGAGGAGUUGAUUAAGACUGGAGACAUUCCUCUGACAUUGUCAACUGUAAGGUUUAAUUUUCCAAUGUGGUGCCAUAUCUCUAAGCCUGUGCACCAACAGAAGUGCUUUUGCUGUUGAUGUUUUUAUAACUUGAGCUGAAGUUUUCUCGUGUUGCAUGUGAAAUGAUUUUUGGAAACUAAAGAAAAUCUAUUUUAUGAAACGUA